GAAAUUAGCGGGAUUUUCCCAGCACCCAAACAGCACGUCAAGGCAUUUUGGUCAUUUGAAAACAAUCCCUUCGCACAAUCAUUUCAGUGGUCCAAGCCUUUUAUAAUAACUUUCCUACUCGGUUUCCCAUUUUCUGGUCCAGCACGGACAAGGAAAAGGGAGAAAGUGAGAGAAACCCCAAUACAGAGGCUCCUCCUUUUUUGAUUUGUUCGUCUAAUAAAUUUUCCUCCGAUCCAAUCACUCCGCCGUCAAACUUCGGCCGUAUCGGGCUAAUUCUAGUUUUCGAAUAAGGCGAAUUAUUGCGAAUUAGGGCUGAGCUUCGAGAAUGUUUUUCUCCGGAGAUUCGUCGACUAGGAAGCGAGUGGAUUUAGGCGGUCGAAGUUCGAAGGAAAGGGAUAGGCAAAAGCUUCUGGAGCAGACGCGGUUGGAGCGGAACCGGCGAUGGUGGUUGCGUCAGCAAAACUCCGCCGCACUCAGGAUUCAGAAAUGCUUCAGAGGUAGAAAGGCUGUGGAAGCUGAACACGCAAAGGUGCGGGAACAGUUCUUUACAACUUAUGGAAGGCACUGUCAAAAUGUAGACAGGCAUUCUUUUGGUCCAGACUCAGAGUUCCUCCGCCAGUUACUCUUUUUCUUUGAUGCACGAAAUGUUGGUGAUUUUUCAGCUCUCGUGGAGACAUGUCGACUACUUCAGAAUUUUGUUCGAGAUAGCGGGGAUGCUGUGAACCUGUUUGCAGGCAUGGAUUAUUCAUCCAAGAAUGCUCUGGUUGAUUACAGGGUGAAGCAACUUGCAUAUGCUUGUAUCCAGGCUGUUCAUCAGAAUAGGAAUCAAUUCAAGGGGCAACUUUUGAUGACAUCUGAUGAGCCCAGUUCACCUACAAUUCUAUUGCUAGAGGCAGUAGUUAUGUUAUUAGAUCCAAAACUUCCAUGGGUUUGUAAGAUAGUUGGCCAUCUCUUGCAGAGAAAUACAUACUCCCUCUUGAGAGAGAUUGUACUUACUGCAAAGGAAAGUGUGGAAACUUAUUCCACUGGGAGAGUACCUUCACUGGAAUGUCUGCUUACCAUUCUUAUUUCUCACGUUGGUCAGAACCCCUGUAUCUGUCCAAUUAUAGAUCCACGGUGGAGUUUCUCAUCUCAGAUUCUAACAAUUCCUUUCUUGUGGGCGCUUUUCCCAUACUUAAAAGAGGUUUUUACGAGACGGGGCUUGAGCGAACAUUACAUCCAUCAGAUGGCAUUGUGUGUGCAAAAUCAUACUAAUGUUCUACCUGAUGAUAUCUCAGCCGAUUUUCCAGGUUAUGCAUGUCUUCUUGGAAAUAUAUUGGAAACUGCUUCAGUGUUCUUUUCUCAGCCUGACUGCUCAUUGGACAUGGCUAUAGACAUUGCAGCUGUCAUGACAUUUUUGUUACAGGCACUUCCUCCAAUGAAAUCAUCAAAUAGAGAAAGUAAAGAAAAUUCCUCAGGAGGUGAGGAUGAAAUGGCUGUGGGUGAUGAAAUAAUGGAAAAAGUUGUGAGCAGGGAUUUGGAACAACAAAUAUCCAAUGCAAUAGAUCCGCGUUUUCUUCUGCAACUGACAAAUGCUCUAUUUGGAGGGAUUUCACUCAUCAAUCAUUUGUGUGAAGAAGGGCCAGAUGAUAGAGAGGUGGCGGCUAUUGGUGCUGCUUGUGCUUUUCUGCAUGUUACUUUCAACAUUUUACCUCUUGAGCGUAUUAUGACCGUACUAGCUUACAGAACUGAACUUGUUCCACUGCUUUGGAAAUUUAUAAAGCGAUGCCAUGAGAACCAAAAAUGGUCAUCUUUGUCGGAGCAGUUAGCUUAUCUGUCAGGAGAUAUGCCUGGAUGGCAAUUACCUCUAGCUGUUUUCUGCCCUGUGUAUAAGCACAUGCUUACAAUAGUUGACAAUGAAGAAUUCUAUGAGCAGGAGAAACCACUAUCACUGUCGGAUAUCAGAUGCUUAAUUGUUAUUUUGAGACAGGCCUUAUGGCAGCUCCUAUGGGUGAAUCCUGCCAUGCCCCCUAACCUAAUGAAACCUGCCCCUGAGGUCACCUCUCAUAGGGGGCACCCCAUAGAAUUCACUCAACAGAGGGUUAGCAUUGUAACUGCUGAGCUACUCUCUCAGUUGCAAGAUUGGAACAAUAGGAGGCAAUUUGCACCUCCCAGUUACUUUCAUGCUGAUGCUGUCAAUGAGUAUUUUAUUUCUCAGGCUGUGAUAGAAAACACCAGGGCAUAUACAAUAUUGAAACAAGCUCCAUUCUUGGUGCCAUUUACAAGCAGAGUUAAAAUAUUUACUUCACAGUUAGCAGCAGCAAGGCAAAGGGAUGGGUCUCAUUCUGUUUUUACUAGAAACCGAUUUAGAAUUCGGCGGGAUCAUAUCCUUGAAGAUGCUUUUAAUCAAUUGAGUGUGUUGUCUGAAGAUGAUCUUCGAGGAUUGAUCCGAAUAUCAUUUGUCAAUGAAUUUGGAGUUGAGGAGGCUGGUAUUGAUGGUGGUGGGAUUUUCAAGGAUUUCAUGGAAAACAUUACACGAGCAGCUUUUGACGUGCAGUAUGGGUUGUUUAAGGAAACAGCUGAUCACCUACUCUACCCAAAUCCUGGGUCAGGAAUGAUACACGAACAGCAUCUCCAGUUUUUCCAUUUUCUUGGAACUGUUCUUGGGAAGGCCAUGUUUGAAGGGAUUCUUGUGGAUAUACCAUUUGCAACAUUCUUUUUGAGCAAAUUAAAACAAAAGCACAACUAUUUGAAUGAUUUGCCUUCAUUGGACCCAGAAUUAUACCGCCACCUUAUUUUCUUAAAGCAUUUUGAAGGUGACUUAUCAGAAUUGGAACUUUAUUUUGUUAUUGUAAAUAAUGAAUACGGGGAACAAACAGAGGAGGAGCUGCUUCCUGGAGGAAAAAAUAUCCGUGUUACUAAUGAGAAUGUCAUCACAUUUAUUCAUCUUAUAGCAAACCAUCGUUUGAAUUUUCAGAUACGUCAGCAAAGUUCUCAUUUCUUGAGGGGUUUUCAGCAACUUAUACAAAGAGAUUGGAUUGAAAUGUUUGAUGAGCAUGAACUUCAGCUUCUGAUAUCAGGUUCACUUGAUGGCUUGGAUGUUGAUGACCUACGAUCUAAUACCAAUUAUGCUGGUGGCUAUCAUAGUGAACACUAUGUCAUUGAGAUGUUCUGGGAAGUUCUCAAAAGUUUUACCUUGGAAAAUCAGAUGAAGUUUCUAAAGUUUGUGACCGGGUGCUCUCGAGGCCCACUGCUUGGAUUUAAAUACCUUGAGCCUUUAUUUUGCAUACAAAGGGCUGCUGGUAGUGCUUCUGAAGAAGCUCUUGACCGGUUACCAACAUCUGCUACUUGCAUGAAUCUCUUAAAGCUUCCACCAUACAGAAGCAAAGAACAAAUGGCAACAAAAUUGUUGUAUGCGAUAAAUGCGGAUGCGGGUUUUGAUUUGAGCUGAUAGAUGCCAGGCCCAUGCGCCAAAUCGUCCAUGUCAUGGUCCCAUCUUAAUCUGAGAGGAGCGUCCUCGAUAGAUUUCAUAACUCCAGGAGAUGGGUUUCAUCAAAAUUUAUUAUCGUUCAGAAUGAGUAGAGGGAUCAGAACAGCUGAUUAGCAGGCGACAACGGAUGAUUGUUGAAGCAUCCACGGAGUGGAGGCUGAAUACAAAAAGCAUGUAAAUAUAAGUGCCGGCCUUUUGAUUGGAUGUACAUGUACAUAUAUGAUAUAUCUAUAUAUAUAUAUAUAUACAUGUAGGGUCAUCUACAAAAUAUAGACUUUGAAUUGCAACUUCUUACAUAAAAUUACCUCCCAGCAGGUUUAGAUUGUCAUUGUGUUUUAAUUUUCUUCCUUAAAACAAUCUUUUGCGUCUUAUAUGAAUAUAGAUCUGUACAUUAUGAAGGGAUCAACUUUUCGAA